AUGUUAGACAACUUAAAAUUGAUUAAAAAGGAAAUCAAGGAACUAAAAGAUGCUUAUUAAAAUAGAAGAAAGGAUUUUGGAGAGAAUCAAAAAAAGUGGGCAAUCGCUAUUCAAAAUACUAAAACAAGAAUCGAGAAUCUUAUUCAAUGGAUAAAUGAUUAUGGCCAAGUCAAUGUAAAAUGGGAUUUGCCUUUUGAGAUAUUGGAGCAACUUGAUAAAUUUGAUUUCCUUGAAGAGUAUAUAGAAAAUUUAAAGAAAUAAGUGCAAUCUUGCUAUUAGUAAUAAAAGUAUUAAAGUUAAAAUGCAAAACAAUUUAGUUAUUAUUUGAGACUAAGAAUGAAAAAUGAUUGUAUAUAAUGA